GAGACCCCCGUCAGGAUGGAGCGGUGGUCAGGUCGUGUGGCCCUGGUGACUGGUGUCAGCAUGGGGAUCGGUGCCAGCGUGGCCAGGAGGCUGGUGGCUGAGGGCAUGAAGGUGGUGGGAGCAGCUCGUAGCAUUGACAAACUACAGGCCUUGGCAGCUGAAUGCAAGGGUCAGCGAGGCACGCUGAUCCCUAUCAAGUGUGACCUCACCAAGGACGAGGAGGUGCUGGCCAUGUUCGCCAAGAUCAAGAAGGACCUCGGAGGCGUGGACGUGUGUAUCAACAAUGCAGGAUUCACCCACAACAAGUCCCUGCUGGAGGGAAGCCCCAAGGAGUGGCGUGAGAUGAUGGAUCUCAACGUUGUGGCUCUGUGCUUAUGUACGCGCGAGACUAUUGCUUCCAUGCGAGAACGCGGCGUUGACGAUGGGCACAUCAUCCACAUCAGCAGCAUCGCCGGACACCGUGUCAUCCCUCGUAAAAAGACACACUUCUACACCGCCACCAAGUACUCCGUCACAGCACUCACUGAGGGACUGCGGCAGGAGCUGAGGGAAGCCAACUCCAACAUCAGAAUAUCGGCCAUCAGUCCCGGUUUGGUGGAGACUGGGUUUGCGAUGAAUGCCGGCUUGGUAGAGGAUGCAAAUGCAGCUAUGAAGUACUACAAGGAGCUCGGGAGCUUGAGUGCGGAUGAUGUGACCGCCACUCUUGUCCACAUUCUCGGUGCCCCUCCGCAUGUUCAGAUCCAUGACGUGCAGGUGACUCCCAUAACACAAGUUAUGUGAAUGUUCCUUUCUUUUCCUAGUACUGGGGGGUGAGGGUAGUCGAGAUGCCUGACACCCUAAUGUUUUUGAUAAAUUUUGCCAAAGUCGACACUGAUACACCUACGGCAGGUGCUCAGCAAAUAUUGUAAUGUAAAUAGAAGUUUUAAAAAGCCUAUUUCUACUUGAUUUCGCAAAGCUUUCAUGCAAGAACAAUAUUUGAUGAGGAUAGACUAAUCCCAAGGCAUUUACUUUCUCUCGUUUACCAAUAAAUAGAACAUCGAGAAAGAACAGCUGAGUUUUUAUUUAUUAACAAGUCACUUAUCUUGGGUCUUGGGUCCAGGGGAUGCCCGCCAGUGUCUUUAGGUUAAAUUUUAAGGGUGCAUAAGACAUAAUUUCCUGCCUCUACAAGGAAAAUUCAGAUACAAACAUGAUAAAUCCAUUAUUUCUGCUUUAAGAAAAUCCAGACAAUAAAUAAGAAAAAUUGAGCAAUAUAGAUUUCUUGAGUGACAUUCUCUGAAAUACUGAGAUUAGGGAGCUGAAGGUCGUAAAUAUUUUUGAAAGAGGAAUAUAUAAUUUUCAGGAUCCAUUACGAGUCACUAAACUAUAUUAUAUGAUUAAGGCAUAUGUCGGGGAACGGAGAGAGGGCAAGAAUUCGUUGCUCUUGCUGCGCCUCCCAAGCCUUUCGUGGCUUCUGAAACCUCACUGUACUACCUCCCGUCGCAUCGUUGGGUACGAGAUUUCUAGUGCAGCCUGGAUUCAUUAUAUCCAGAUGUGGGAUAAGGUUGCCGGUUUUAUCCAGGGUUGUCCUGGAACGCGAUCGAGACCUCUAUCGCUAGCAAGUGCCCUAGUUUUUUCGUGGACCCAAAUAUAGGCUUUUCGUACCUCAAAGCUGUCAUUAUAGUAGUCGAUUUUGAGUUUUAAAAAUAUUAGUAAUGUCGCAAAUAGCUGUUUUAUUGAUAUAAAGCCUUUUAAUUUUCUCGGUGGUGGACAGCUUCAAGGCUGUUUAAUUAUUAUAAUCAGCAAUCUUGUAAAUGAACAAGAUAGCUAUUUGUGACAUUACUAAUAUUUUCAACUCAUAAUUGACUAUAUUUGACGGUAUUUGUUAUUGCUGCCUGUGUGUUAUUGACACUGACAACUGUCUUCUAUGCGUAGGCUAGCAUGCAGUAUCCAUAGUCAUUUAUACCAAGUCAAGUCACUCUGCCUUCAAAACUGCGACCAACACGCGCAGGGGGCGGUCUGGAGCGGAGCAACAGGAUGACGUCACUUGAAACCAAAUACCCGCCAGUUCACCCCUUCAUGAGUGACUAAAGUUGUGGCCGUGUGGGCACUUUAGAUGCGCAUGCUCGCCUUCUUUCACCGCGCAUUCAGGCAAGCCACUGAUGAAAAAAUAUGCCUUUAUAGUGUGCUAUGCGUGACUGUAAUUCCAAUGCCUACAAACGGCG